AUGUUCAAUAAUACCAUGCCGUGCGAGCGCGCCUUCGUGCGACAACAACAACAACAACACACCGCGCGCGGCCUAACUAACCCAGAGAGUCGUGCACGUCGUGUCAUGUCAUGUCAUGUCCUGUCCAUGUCCAUGUCCGCCGUCUCCCUCACCUCCGGUCGUGCCGUAUGCCUGCUUGGCCAUCUCGUUGUCGCCACAGCCACGCGAUUCCAUUCAUGUACCACAGCAGCAUGUGGUUGCUGCCGUCUCUCCUCGCGCGUGCCCCUUACAUGCCAACACACGGUGUGCCCAAACCGUCUCUUCUUCCUUGCCUUGCCUUGCCCUUGGGUCGCAUGUAGUACCUCAUGUACUGUAACUGUUGCCUGCACGUGUUGUGCCCAACCCGCUGUAUGCGUCCGUCUCGCCCGCCGUUGCGCCAGAAUUUCCCGCAGCAAGGGGCGAGCGAGCGAGCAAGCAAGGUCACCGCCCCUUUCCUCCUGUGCCCAGUCCGCCGCGCACGGCAUGUCAUCCCCUCGGUCGUUGAUAUUGCGCCUUGUGCGCGCGCAAAAAGCUGCGCAAGACCAGCUCGGCUCAUUGGACGGGAUGGACGACAACAACCCCCUGCAGGGCUCUGCGACUACAGUACUACCCGAUUCUUGA